AUGACAAGCACUGGCUUGGGUCCGUCAGCAGGACAUUACCGACGUCUCGUUGGCUUCUUUUGUCUAUGGAAGGCUUUACUGCUUGGUCUUGCAGCAUUUUGCCCGGGUCCAGGCUACGAUACCUCUGCAUACAUUUUAUUUGAUUCUAGUACUACACGACAUCUCAAUCUAGCAAAUCUGUCACACGCUGAUCAGCUUGUUCUCAAUCUUUUUCGUUGGGAUGCACUAUACUUUGUUGAUGCCGCGGACCAUGGCCAGGUCCAUGAACAGCAAUGGGCCUUCAGCUGGGCUUACUCGCAUCUCCUGAGAGUCGUGGGCCAAUCCUUCCCCGGCGCUGUGGAGUGCCCAUUACAGUACUACAUCGUGGCUGGAAUCAUCGUCUCCAAUGUCUGCCACCUCCUUUCAGUACUUGUCCUCUAUCGUCUUCUCGCCUUAGUGUUGGAUUCGCUUCAACGCCGUCGUGUCGCCUUUGUGGCAUCCGUACUACACAUCUUGACACCUGCCUCUCUUUUCAUGUCUGCACCUUAUGCUGAAUCCCUCUUCUCUCUACUCAACUUUACCGGAAUGCUAUGCUAUGUCCAGUCGAAGCUUGCAGCCAAGUGCGGACAUGCAUCGUUCCUGGAGGACGUUUACAAAUUAAGCUCUGGUCUGCUCUUCGCAUCAGCCACUCUAAUGAGAAGUAAUGGUCUGCUGAGCGGCUUGAUACUUUUGUACGAUGUCGGACGCUACAUACCACUUUUCUUGCCCAUACGGCUGAACUAUCAUAACAUGAGAAGCAUUCUGGUCACAUGUGUGGCCGGGAUGAUCAUCAUAUGUGGCUUCUUGGGCCCCCAAUAUGUAGCAUAUCGAGAGUUCUGUGGCAGAGAGGGCAGCUCCGGUCGUAGAGAGUGGUGCGACAAAAGCAUCCCGAGUAUCUACUCGUGGGUACAAAGUCAUUACUGGAAUGUUGGUUUUUUCCGCUAUUGGACCGCCUCCAAUCUACCACUCUUCGUCCUAGCAGCUCCAAUGCUGUGGCUUUUGAUUCAAUCAAGCGUAAAUAUUCUCCAUACUAGCUUUGAGCAACAGCCACUUCGAACACGCGGAUCUACAGUAAAUUGUGAUCCCACGCGCAUGGACUCAGCAUGCGCUGUGGUCACUGUUCCAGAGUUAGCGCUCCCGCAACUUGUACUCGCCAUAGCAGCCGUCACGAGCUUUCACGUCCAAAUUGUCAACCGUAUUGCUUCUGGGUAUCCGAUCUGGUACAUAACAAUUGCCGAAAUGUUAACCCAUGGUCGGCGCGUGACCCCGAAUCAAAAGACAUUCCUGAAGGGGCAAGGAGUCGUCCGGGGAAUGAUCAUGUAUACACUAGUUCAGGGCAUGCUUUACGCGAAUUUCCUACCACCUGCGUAA